AUGGCACAAAAGGCUCGCGUUUUGAUCGUUGGCACUGGAGGUGUCGGCACCAUGUCAGCCUAUGCGUUGAUGCAAGGUGGAAAGGCCGAUGUCACCGCAGUGAUGCGAUCGAACUACGACGCUGCAGUGAAGAACGGAAUCAGUAUUGAUUCCAUCCAGUAUGGACAUGACAUCAAAGGGUUCCGACCAACAAACAUCGUCAAGACUGUCCCCAACGUGGAAAAGGAAGGCAUCCAACCCUUUGACUUCAUCCUGGUCACAACCAAGAACGUCCCAGACGUGUCGCCAACAGUAGCAGACAUAAUCGAGCCAGCCGUGACACCAGGCAAGACAGUAAUUGUGCUCUCACAAAAUGGCCUCAACAUCGAAAAGCCCAUCAUCCCGCGCUUCCCCGGCAACCCCAUAAUCAGCAGCGUAUCCACCGUCGGCGCAACAGAGCGCGCACCCGCGGACAUCUUCCACGACGACGAUGACUCGCAAAAGAUCGGCGCCUUCCAGAACCAACUGGUUCCCCAGAACAUCGCCGAAGAAGCAGCGAAAAACUACAUCAGCAUCUACAACCCAGACGGAAAGCUAGACCUCGUCUACGACCCGGAUGUCAAGCGCGCUCGCUGGCGUAAGCUUCUCUACAAUGGCUCCUUCAAUCCCAUCGCCACAAUCUUGCGCAUGGAUACUCGGCGCAUGCGUAUGAGCCAACAUAUUGUCGAUGACCUGAUUCUUCCAAUUAUGUUCGAGGUGCUUGCUGCUGCGCGUGCGUGUGGCGUGACCGAGCUGACGGAUGAUCUUCCUGGCAAGAUUCUGCUCAAUGAUGAUAUGCAGUUUGAGUUUAAACCUUCAAUGUGUCAGGAUAUUGAGAAGGGCAAUCUGUUUGAGAUGGAGAAUAUCGUUGGUGAGCCUUUGCGAGAGGGCGAGGCUCGGGGUGUUGCUAUGCCUACUUUGAGGACUAUCUAUGGGCUUCUUAAGGGGUUGCAGCUUCAGGUCAAAGAGAGCAAAGGGCUGUGGGAGCCUAAGUUUAGGCCUGAUAACCCUUACAAAUAG